AGCGCCAUUCUGAACAAGCGUGUUGUUGUGACGCACAUUUGAAGCGUCGUAGUUGUGUGUCAACAUGGCUGCACAUGCUGGAAACAAGCGUGGUCUGGAGCAUUUAGAUGAAUAUGAACCAAAACUGGCAAAACAUCAAAAAAGUAAAAGCUUGCAUGAUCUUAUGGCAGAAAAGCGUCUUGUUGUUGUUUUAGAAGGAGCGACGCUGGAAACAGUAAAGGUUGGAAAGGCAUUUGAGUUGUUGAACUGUGAUCAACAUAAAGGUAUGAUCAUAAAAAGCGGAAGAGACCCUGGAACGAUUCGCCCUGAUAUCACACAUCAGUGCCUGUUGAUGUUACUGGACAGUCCUUUGAACAGAGCUGGACUGCUUCAAGUGUACAUUCACACAGCGAGGAAUGUUUUGAUCGAGAUCAACCCACAGACAAGAAUUCCUCGCACUUUUGCACGAUUUUGUGGACUAAUGGUCCAGCUCCUGCACAAGAUGAGUGUGAGAGCAGCAGAUGGUCCUCACCGUUUGUUAAGGCUGAUUAAAAAUCCAGUGUCAGACCACCUGCCAGCUGGAUGCCCUCGAUAUUCCACAUCGUUCAAAGCAGGAGAUGCUGUGUGUCCCAGAACAAUUGUCCCUAAAGAUGGACCUGCCACUGUUGUCAUCGGAGCAUUUGCACAUGGAGCAGUGAAUGUCGAUUACACAGAGAAGACGCUGUCCAUUAGUAACUAUCCUCUGUCUGCAGCUCUAACCUGUGCCAAGAUGUGUUCAGCGUUUGAGGAGGUCUGGGGAGUGUUAUGACAUAAUCAAACUGUUAUGAACUGUCAUGUUUCUGCCGGAUUGAGGAACAGAGCUUUGUAUUGCGUUGUGUGUGUGUAUACGGUCCAUUCCUUUGAGCAAAAAUUGUGUUAGAUGACAUCGCAAAAGAGGGUAAUAUUUCAUCUAUUGUAACACAAUUUUAACUCUCACUGAAACAAACAUAUAUACCCUUUCAAGUGUGGGGUACUACACCUCAAUUUCACUUUCAUAUAGGUUCAUACAUUUAAUAAUAAACCCAUAUUUGCAUUUAAAACUACUUCUGAUAUGUGAAACAACAUUUUCUACAAUAAACAACAGCAUGCAAGAGCAUGCCACUUUAUCAGCAGAUUUUUUUUCCAGAAGCAUUUUUCCAUGUUUAAGCCAUAAACAAAAUCAGCCUGCUAUAUGGUGAAUCAGAACAUUACAUUACUAUUAAGGAAAACAAAUAAUUAAUUAAAAAUCAGACAAAAUGACAAAUGUUACAAGACUGUACUUAACAGGAAUUCAGCUGUUAAAGAUAGUUCUUUAAAAACUAAAUUGAAGUGAUGCAAACUGAUGCAAAAGCAUUAACAACCCUAAGUUCACAACAGGUCUGUCAUAAGGUUUAUAAGUAAUCAGGGAUAGAUCAGGGAUUGACUUUUUCACUCACCAGCCAAUCUGGUUACUAAAUAUUUAAGUUACCGGCCAUUCAUAACUCCUACUAGCUAAAAAAACAAAACAAUAAAUGAACAGCUUGAGUCUGUCUACACUGGACAUGACAAAGCGACCACUGCAGAUCAUUUUAUCUUAGUAGGGGUGUGUGAUAUUGACAAAAAAAAUCUCUAUCUAAUAUUUUCGGGAAUUUUAUCAAUAAAGAUAAUUAGACGAUAUUUUGCUGAGUGUGUUAUUGUGCUGAUAUCUUAAGGACUACCGUGGACAGCUAACUCCUUAAGUUUUUGAUAUUCUUCAUAUUCUGUGUGGUCAGUUCACAGCAGUGAUAAAAAUGAGUCUUUUCCAAUAAGUUUAAAUUGAUUUUUACCUUUUAUGGGCAUUUUUACCUUUAUAAAGCCAUUUUUUUGUAAAAGUGUGCAUUAUAUUUUGAGUCAAAUUCUUACAUUUAAUCAGUCAAUUAUAAUAAUAAUACAUCUAGGCUGUUACUAAACAAAUUAAAUUAGUAUAAAAAAUGAUACUGAGAGGGACAUGGAAUGCUUUAACUUGCAGUUACAAAUGCAUAAAUAAUGUUUUGAUAAAUUUGGAAUUACUAAUGAAAAGAUACUUUAAAUGUAAAAUUAACUGCCAGUAAGUGGCAUCAAGUCACUGGUAACUGAGUCACUGCGAUUGAACCGAAUCAUUUAAACAGUUGAUUCACUCAGGAACGAAACACUGUCAGGUUGCUCAGAGAAACAAAACGGUCUAAAAUGUAAGUCUCUUGAUAUCAACUUAAUUGUUUAGUGAACUGUUGUCUAAAAUCAAUAUCACAUUUGUAACCAUGCUGAUUUUUUAAGAAAAAAACGUUACUAAUCUAAUCUCUAUGCUGGCUGUAUUCACGACGCAGUAGUGGUUGAAUACCAUUUAUUUGUUAAUAUCUGACUGCUGAAUGCUACCAGUAUAUAGGACUUUCAUCUAUUGUAUCGCUUUCUAGUGUGGGUAAACGUAACACUGCAGAUCUUGUCAUCAUAAUGUUGUUUCUUUAUAAAAAUGAGCCUAAAGUAUUAAUGUUUUAAGUACAGAAAUGACUACAUAAAAACUGUAUGUUCAGUCGAAUGUAAAACUGUAUUCUCCUAUCUCCAUAUAUGAUCAUGGAGCUCAACUAGAGUGACCAUCAGCUUCUUGUUUACCACUCUAACCAAAGCCCUUCUCCAUCAAUUGCUCAGUUUGGCCAGGAGGCCAGAUCUAGGAAGAGUCCUAGUUGUUCCAAGCUUCUUCCAUUAUGGAUUAUGGAGGCUACAUGCUUCUGUGAACCUUCAGUGCAGCAGAAUGUUUUUCUAAACCCUUCGCCAGAUGUGUGGCUUGAUGCAAGCCUGUUUCUGAGCUCUACAGGCACUUUUUUUUUGACCUCAGGGCUUCGUUUUUGCUCUGAUAUGCAUUUUCAGCUGUUAGACCGUUUUUGAGAGGUGUGUACAUUUCCAGAUUGUACUCAUUCAAAUGAAUUUGCCACAGGUUAACUCAAAGUGUAGUAACAUCUACAAGCAAUACGAAUGCUAAAUUAAGCUAAAUUUUAACUGUCCCAUAUAAGGGUAUGAAUAGUUAUGCAAUGGAAUCAUUGAAGUUUUUUUACUUUUAAUAAAUUUGCAAAAAUGGUAAAAACUAGUUUUUUGCUUUGCUUUUAUGGUGCAUGGAGUGCAGACUGAUGUGGAAAAAAAGUAAUUUAAAGCAGUUCAACAUAAGAGCAACAUAAAACGUGAAAAAAAAAAUGAAUGAAAUGAAAAAAGUGCCACUGUAUUUUGCAAGCCACUGUAUGUAAUUUUUUUGACUGUAAAGCAUAAAAAUGCCAUAACAUGUUUGCCGAAAUUGCAGAAGUUUUCUUAAAAAUAAUGCUACAACCAGUUAUUUCAACUUUGAAAUGUGUGUUCCGUAUGGAAGCCCGUUUCUGCCACUGAAUAAAAAAUAA